AAACAUCAGCACCCACCUCUGAAGCUCGUCUACUACAUUGAUAAAACAUUGACUUUACGACUUUUUUGUUUGUUUAUAAUAUCCCGUUUUUGAACACACUUAUGUCGCAUUGUCUUGGCAAAGCAUUUCGUAUUUACGUUUCUGUUAAUCAAGGUGAUUUCUGUUUAGCUGUCCUCUUGUUAAUUCAAGCUAACUACUCGCCAAAUUCACCGACCAUGAGCUCACUGAGCUACUCCACCCCUGAUGAAGAUAAGGUCUCCUGGACAGAGAAGGAGGGCCUGUGGCUCAACAUAGUGGUGAAAGAGGAGGACGAGGAAGAAGACGUUUUUGGAGCGGAGGAGGAGAUCACUGUAAUAUUAAAAGAGGAGAAGACCGGAGAUCUAAUUAACACCAGAGACAGACCAAACUCUGAAAGUGGGAAAAGUCCUUCAAGGGAGCCAGACCCAGAAAAGGCCAAACCAGAGAGACGACACCAAUGUUCUCAGUGCAAGAAGAGAUUUGCCAAGUUUUUUAAACUAAAAGAGCACGAAAGGACACAUACAGGAGAAAAGCCUUUUAAAUGUUCACAGUGUGGAAAAUGUUUUACCCAGUUAGCAGGACUUAAAACACAUACGAUAACACACACAGGGGGAAAACCAUACCACUGCUGCCAGUGUGGGAAGAAUUUUACCCAGUUAGGAAGCCUGAAAGAACAUAAGAGAAUUCACUCUGGAGAGAAGCCUUAUGUCUGCUCCCAGUGUGGGAAGAGUUUUAGCCGGGUAAGGUAUCUGAAAAAGCAUGAGAGGACACAUACUGAUGAAAAGCCUUACCACUGCUCUCAAUGUGGAAAGAGUUUUACUCUGUCAGAAUAUCUGAAAGAACAUAAAAAAAUACACACUGGUGAGAAGCCUCACCUUUGCUCUCAGUGUGGAAAGAGCUUUUUGUCUUCAGGUGAACUGAAGUCACAUGAGAGGACACAUACAGGAGAUAAACCAUUCCAAUGUUCCUAUUGUGGAAAUAAUUUUACCAAGGUAGGAAACCUGAAAGACCAUGAAAGAAGACAUACAGGAGAGAAACCUCAUGCCUGCUCCCAGUGUGGAAAAGGAUUUUUGCAGUUACAAGAACUAAAAACACAUGAGAGAACACACACAGGAGAGAAGCCAUUUCAAUGCUCCCAGUGUGGAAAAUGUUUUAGUCUUUUAGAAAACCUGAAACGACAUAAGAGAUCACACACCGGAGAGAAGCCCUUCCAAUGCUCUCAGUGUAGAAAGAGGUUUACCCGGUUAGCAAAUUUGAAGGACCAUAAGAGACUACACUCUGGAGAAAAGCCUCAUAAUUGUUCCAGCUGUGGAGAGAGUUUUAGGUGGUUAGUGAGCCUGAAAACACAUGAGAGAAAACAUGCAGGAGAAGGAGUUUUAUAAAGUUAGAAAACCGUGAAGUGGCUUUCAGUAAUUAUAAAAAUAAUACUCACUACCUGUUCAGGUAAAAAGCUUACAUCAACUUUGUUUACAGGAGGUUGGACCUGAAUAAUUAGAUGUAAUAAUGAAUGUAUUAUGUCAUUAAAGGAUCCAUGCAUUAAUCACAUAAUUUGAAAGGA